AAGAAAUAAAACAGAGUAUGGAAAUGGCGUCAAUGAAAACCCGAUUUUAGCGGCUCUUGCGUCUUUCUCAUUACGUUUUCACGCACACAAACAUUUACACAACUUCGUGCACAUACACAAAACACAACCCCAAAAACCACAUUGAAAAUAGAGAGAGAGAGAGAGAGAGAGAGAGAAUAUACAGCAAAUUUAGGAGGUAAAAAAAUGGAGAAAAUAUACAGAAGGUAGAUAGAGGAGAGAGAGAGAAACAGGGAAAGCGUGGCCGUUUAAACGGCCACUUCCAUCUCAACAUCUGGUUGGCGGUCAAUUUGAUCUUUUCCCCACAUCCUUUCUAUUCCCCAAAGCCAAAAAAAAAAAAAAAAAAAAAAAGGAAAGGAAAAAAAGAAAAAAUCCCCCAACUUUCUCUCCUUUUUCUCGGGAAAACUUUUUUUUUUUUUUUUCAAUUAGGAAAAAAAAACCCCAAGAAAAAUCUUACCCUUUUCCCCUCCAAUUUCAUUGGCCUGCAUCACCAUCGUUUCUUUUCUCAAUUUUUGUUUCUGUUUCUGGGAUUUGUUUAUUUGUUUAUUUUUUUCUGCAUUUUCUCUUCGUUUUCAUUUGCGGAAACGGUGGUGUUUGCUGGGCACAAAGGUGAACUCUUGUUUACUUUUUUUUUUUUUAGAUUUUUUUUUUUUGAUUGCCCAUUUGAAAUUAUUCCAUUUUAUGUCAAUGUGGUGAAUGUUUGGGAAAAUUUGUACGAGUGUGGAUUUAGGAGGUUAAAUUUUAUAGUCGAAAGAUGCAGCAUAAUAUAUUCACGUCAAUGAGAAGUUUGAAGAUUAUGGAUGGGUGUAAAGGUACCCAGGUCUAUGCGCUUAACCCUUCUGGACCAACCACCAAUGGCGGAGGCGGUGUUGGUGGUGGUGGCGGUGGUGGUGGAGGUAGUGUUGGUGAGAAGUUCUUUCAUCAGCUUCAAGACCAUCUCAAGGCCAAUUCCGUUAGAUCGAAAUCCACUCGAACUUUUCAAGCUUCUAAUGCCAUUAAUGCUAUAGCUGAGAGUCUUCUCCCAUAUGGGCUUCCUUUGACCGACCUCUUGGAGCCUCAGAUCGACCACUUUCUUAAGUUCGUUGAUUUCGUUGAAACCAUAGCUGAUUUGUACCGUAGGACUGAGAAUUGUCCUCAGUUCGAGAAAUCCAAGGCCUAUAUGGAGCAAUGCAUCGUGUUCCGGGGUCUUUACGAUCCCAAACUGUUCAGGCGGAGCCUCCGGUCAGCAAGACAGCACGCUGUGGAUGUGCAUACCAAAGUUGUUUUGGCCUCAAUGUUGAGGUUUGAGAGGAGAGAGGAUGAGCUUGUUGGGUCAUCGUCGACGGAUUGUUGUGGAACAAAUGUUGAAUGUCCUAAGGCUACUUUGGUAUCUGGAUAUGACCCAGAAUCGGUAUAUGAUAAAUGUAUGUGUUCCAGUAGCUGUAGAGGGGAAGUUGAUGAUGAAUUUGAUAUGGAGGAUGAGCAAUGUUCGACAUCGGAGGAAGAUGGUGAUAUGUCAUUUUGUGUAGGAGAUGAUGAGAUUAGGUGUAUAAGGUACAAUAUUGCAUCGCUAUCCAGACCGUUUAAAGCAAUGUUGUAUGGCAACUUUGCGGAGUCCAGAAGGGAAAUGAUUAAUUUCUCAAACAAUGGGAUUUCUGCGGAGGGGAUGAAAGCUGUGGAGAAUUUUAGCCGGACUAAGAGAUUAGAUUCAUUUGAUACAAACAUUGUCUUGGAGCUACUUUCCUUGGCAAACAAGUUUUGUUGCGACGAGAUGAAAGCAGCUUGUGACGUUCAUUUAGCAUAUCUAGUUUCUGAUAUGGAUAAUGCCAUGUUGCUGAUUGAGUAUGGACUAGAAGAGAAUGCAUAUCUUCUAGUGGCAGCUUGUUUGCAAGCGUGUUUGAGAGAGCUCCCGAAUUCGAUGCACAAUCCGAAUGUGAUGAAACUUUUUUGUAGUUCAGAGUCUAGGGAAAGGUUGGCUAUGGUUGGCCACGCUUCUUUUAUUUUGUAUUAUUUCUUAAGUCAGAUUGCCAUAGAGGAAGACAUGAAAUCAAACACAACAGUUAUGCUUUUGGAGAGGCUGGCAGAGUGUGCAACUGAAAAUUGGCAAAAGCAACUUGCAUUUCACCAGUUAGGCGUUGUAAUGCUUGAAAGGAAGGAGUAUAAAGAUGCCAGUCAUUGGUUUGGGGCAGCAGCUGAUGCGGGUCAUACUUAUUCAUUGGUGGGUGUUGCAAGGUCCAAGUAUAAGCGUGGCCACAUGUAUUCUGCAUACAAGCUGAUGAACUCUCUCCUUUCUAAUCAUACACCAGUUGGGUGGAUGCAUCAAGAGCGAUCUUUGUAUUGUAUUGGAAAAGAGAAGAUGAUGGAUUUGAACUCAGCAACUGAGUUGGAUCCUACGCUAUCAUAUCCAUACAAGUAUCGUGCAGUUGCACUUUUGCAGGAGAUGCAGAUUGGAGCAGCCAUAUCGGAAAUCAAUAAAAUCAUUGCUUUCAAGGUUUCCCCUGAUUGCCUUGAAUUGCGUGCUUGGUUUUUGAUUGCAUUAGAGGACUAUGAAGGAGCUCUAAGAGAUGUUCGUGCACUCUUGACUUUGGAUCCAAAUUAUAUGAUGUUUCAUGGGAAAAUGCAUGGCGAUCAUUUGAUAGAGCUCCUCCGCCCUCUUGUUCAACAGUAUAGUCAGGCUGAUUGCUGGAUGCAACUAUAUGACCGGUGGUCCUCUGUCGAUGAUAUUGGUUCUCUAGCUGUUGUUCACCAAAUGUUGGCAAACGACCCUGGGAAAAGCCUGCUACGCUUUCGGCAAUCUCUUCUUCUAUUGCGGUUGAAUUGUCAAAAGUCUGCUAUGCGUAGUCUGCGUUUGGCCCGGAACUAUUCUAAUUCUGAUCACGAAAGACUAGUUUAUGAGGGAUGGAUAUUGUAUGACACUGGCCAUCGUGAAGAAGCUUUGGCUAAGGCAGAGGAAUCCAUAUCUCUCCAGAGAUCAUUUGAAGCUUUUUUCCUUAAAGCCUAUGCUUUAGCAGAUUCAAGUCUUGAUCAAGAGUCUUCAAAGCAUGUGAUCCAGCUUCUGCAGGAUGCUCUGAGGUGCCCUUCAGAUGGCCUUAGGAAAGGACAAGCGUUAAAUAAUCUAGGAAGUGUCUAUGUUGACUGUGAUAAGCUCGAUCUUGCUGCUGAUUGUUACAUGAAUGCACUCGACAUUAAACAUACCCGAGCCCAUCAGGGUUUGGCACGUGUAUAUCAUCUUAAAAAUCAACGUAAAUCAGCUUAUGAUGAGAUGACAAAGCUGAUAGAGAAGGCAAGGAACAAUGCAUCAGCUUAUGAGAAACGAUCAGAAUACUGUGACCGUGACAUGGCAAAAAGUGAUCUUAGUAUGGCAUCCCAACUAGAUCCUUUGAGGACAUAUCCUUACAGAUAUAGAGCAGCUGUUCUGAUGGAUGACCACAAAGAAAAAGAAGCCAUAGCAGAGCUAACAAAAGCAAUUGCCUUUAAGCCUGACCUGCAGCUGCUGCAUCUUCGAGCAGCAUUUUACGAAUCAAUGAAUGAUUACAUAUCUACCGUCCGAGACUGUGAAGCAGCCCUGUGCCUUGAUCCCAGUCAUGCUGAUACUGUUGAGCUCUAUAACAAAGCAAAAGAACGAAUUAGUGAAUAGCAAAAGUGAGAGAAUCAGAUAUCUAAUAUUCAUUAUCUUCACUAGGGCAAUACUAUUGUUGCCACCUGAGUUUUUCUGACAAAAAUGUGCAGUAAUGGCUAAACAUCUUUUUUGUCGUGGAAACAUUCGGAUCAGAUUCCAUGGCCUUUUAGAGAGAAAAAAUUGAAGUUUGGAUUUGAAAAAGGAAAAGGAAGUUAGAGAAGGAAGAUAACAUGUAAAUAUUUGUCGACUGGGUUGUAGAUUGGAUAAACCUGCAUCAGGUAGUGCAAACAGGUGCUCCAACUACUAUCCAAUAUUUAUGUACUGCAUCUGGAGAGAUGGGGGAGAAAAGCAACUACAGCAGAAAGAAUAUUGUACAUGAAAAAGAUGUAAAGGCUGUCCAAUUUAGAGGCCUCCCAUUUUAGUGUUUUUGGAAAAGGGAUUUAAAUUGUAAUGUAAACUGUGUUGUCUCAUUCAUUGUAUAAGAUUCACAUUUUUCCCUUAUAUAUAAUAGAAAGGAAAAGGGCUUAUUAUCACAAAA